AAGAACCACAAACAUGUACGGUCACUUCAACAAGGGCCCGGCUUAUGGACUCAGCGCUGAGGUUAAGAACAAGUUGGCUCAGAAGUACGAUCCUCAGAAGGAGGCGGAGCUGAGACAAUGGAUAGAGAGCCUGACAGGAAGAACCAUUGGGAACAACUUCAUGGAUUCUCUAAAAGAUGGAAUCAUCCUCUGCGAGCUGAUCAACAAACUCCAGCCGGGCACUGUACGGAAGAUCAACGAAGCGACACAGAACUGGCACAAGCUGGAAAACAUAGGAAAUUUUACUAAAGGCAUCACACACUACGGGGUGAGACCCCAUGAUAUAUUUGAGGCAAACGAUCUCUUUGAGAACACUAACCUAACUCAAGUUCAAUGUACUCUGCUGGCCCUAGCUAAUGUGGCCAAGACAAAAGGUGCCAGAGUGGAUAUCGGAGUAAAAUAUGCUGAUCGUCAGGAAAGGAGAUUUGACGCUGAUAAACUUAAGGAGGGAAGGAAUAUUAUUGGUCUCCAGAUGGGAACAAACAAAUUUGCCAGCCAGAAAGGGAUGACGUCUUAUGGUACUCGUAGGCACCUCUAUGACCCCAAACUGGCUAAUGAACAACCAAUGGAUCAGGCAACAAUCAGCCUGCAAAUGGGCACCAAUAAAGGAGCUUCCCAGGCUGGCAUGACAGCGCCAGGUACCAAACGCCAGAUCUUUGACCAAAAACUUGGCAUGGAACAUUGCGAUACUCACAACAUCUCCUUGCAAAUGGGAUCAAACAAGGGGGCUUCUCAGCAAGGCAUGACUGUGUAUGGAUUGCCCCGGCAAGUUUAUGAUUCCAAGUACUGCAAUACGCCCGAUUUCCUAAUGGGAGAAGAUGAAGAUGGGCAAUAUAAUAACAGCCACCAGAAUUACAACUCUGAGUAACCCUCCAGCCUCUGUGUAACCCUGCCCACACCCCUUCUAUGCCAGUGUGUUUGCUACUGUGGCAAAAAAAAA